UUACACGUUUCCGGUCCCGCCCCCUCGGCCGUGCUUAUCCGCUCUGGCUCGCCGUCCUUCAUCAUGGCAGCCGCUGCGCUGCAGCUGAGGCAGACCCUGUACCCGGGAACGCGUGGCCUGCGCACCUUCUCCUCAGUCGCCGGGCCCGCGGCUCCGAGAGCCGGCUCGCGUAAGGUAUCCAGAAGUGAAAGGCCGAUGAGAAGAAAGGCACUGACUCCUAGGGCAGAGAAGAUGGAUACCGACCAGGACUGGCCCAGUGUUUACCCCACUGCCGCACCGUUUAAACCCUCAGCUGUUCCUCUACCUGUUCGAAUGGGAUACCCAGUAAAGAAGGGUGUGCCCCUGGCGAAGGAGGGGAAUCUGGAGCUUUUAAAGAUCCCAAAUUUUCUACAUUUGACUCCUGUGGCAAUUAAAAGGCACUGUGGAGCUCUGAAAGAUUUCUGCACUGAGUGGCCAGCUGCACUCGACAGUGAUGAGAAAUGUGAGGAGCAUUUUCCAGUUGAGAUUGAUACAGCGGAUUAUGUGUCAUCGGGACCAUCUAUUCGAAACCCCAGAGCACGAGCAGUAACGUUAAGGGUUAAACUUUCCAGUUUGAAUUUAGACAAUCAUGCAAAGAAAAAACUUAUUAAACUUGUAGGAGAACGGUACUGCAAGCCCACUGAUGUGCUCACUCUCACAACAGACAGAUGCCCAUUGAAGCGGCAGAACUAUGACUAUGCAAUGUAUCUUCUCACGGUCCUGUACCACGAAUCUUGGAAAACUGAAGAAUGGGAAAAAAAUAAGACUGAGGAAGACAUGGACGAGUAUGUGUGGGCAAAGAGCUCCUCGGAGAGUAGUGUCCUCCAGACCCUGCUGCAGAUGCGAGCUGCGGAGAGCAGUGUGGUGCCUAGCAGAGAAGAGCUGCUGGGCACUAAAGAGGUGGAGGAUUAUCAGAAGUGUGUUGUUCAUCUCAAGAAUGAGGGGGAGAAUGAGGAGAGCCUCGCUCAGUACAAGGAGUCUGUGAAGAGACUGUUAAAUUUGGCAUGAAGUCCAAACUAGAAGGCAGCUGUAUUAAUUGUAUGAUGUGUUUAGUCACUGAUUUGAUAUAAAUGGGAGAAUACUUAAGAAUAUUGUCUUAUGUCAGGUAACAUUGCGCCUUUCAGACUCCUGUGCCCUGUGCUGGUGGUGGGGCUAGGGACUGUGGUCUCUCUGGUAGGGACUGUGUGUGGGCUCCCUGGUUCUGGCACGUUUUGACUCUAUUUCUACACAUCACCUUAGUCCUCCCCCAGUUACAGAGCAGAAUUGUUUUGUUAGCUGCCGUUUCUUUACUGUGCAGGUUUAGCGAUUGGUUUUGAUCAAUAACUUUGGUUACUAAGGAUACCUGGCCCAGUGCCUGACCACGCCCUUGGUGUCCCUCAAGGAGGCUGCACUCUUCCGUAGACAGCAGCCAGGCUAGCUCUUGCUCCUCACCUACCCCAGUGUCCACCAGACAAAACUCUUCAGGUCCCUUUACAGCUGGCCUUUGGGGGUGACUUAGUUUCACGACGGCACACCUUAGGUGGCACAGCAGCACACGCAGCACAGUACUGAUAAACUUGAUUUCUGUUGUGAGAGCAGAGAACACAGACAACAAAACCGUCCUGGAGGAUAGAAAGCUAUCAUGGCAAAAGCUGCAUCCAAAUGUGCUAGCCACUUCCUGAUUUAGGCUUGUGUAAGUAAGUGGGGAUUGGAGUUUCCCUGUGGGAACAGGUGAUUGGCUCUGUGACCUGCCCACAGAUGCCUGCCUUGCAUUCUGAAGUUCUCUGCCUUUCUGUGGCCUUUUGAUGUCACUUCAGCUCUGAUUCACUGUCUCUAGCCCAGGUGGCCGGAAGGACUAGUGGAGACCACAGCCUUCUCUCUGCCCCUCCUGCCUCUGUAGUCAACAGCUCUGGAGAAGACAUAGGCCAGGACAGACGGACAGACAGACAGAUGGACGAGAAGUUGCAACUGAUGGACUUCGGGGCAGGGUGGGGCGAGUUGCUUUGUAAAGUGUGGGCUUAGACUCAGGGCCUUAUGCAUGCCCAGCCCCAAUCCAGUAUUUUUAAGUGUAUCUGGAAGUCACUGAACAUUUGUAAAAAAUGACUAAGCUUUGGAAUUAGUAAUGCCCAAGGCAGACAGCUUAUAAAAAACAAAAUUAGAGCCUUGAGUUUUAUAGGUGUGUGGGGCAGCGUGUCACUCUCAAACAAGUGUGGCACUGGGUAGGGUCAUUGCAUAGAGGUGAAUAAAAAGCCAGAAAUAUAAAU